AUGGGGUUCGCUGAAUCAUCAAACGGAGACAUCCAUCUCCUCCACAUGUACGGAGUAGAGCGUAGCGGCACGAUGGUCAGUUCUCGGACCCUUUAUUUUCUUCUUUCGCCCGUCAUCGGGGUCUUGAUUGAUUCAUUCCAGUCUGGGAAUGGCUGGCGAGCCGCUCAGGGCGCCAUCCCCGUCAGUGUGUAUGCACUGACGAGGUCAAAAAAAAGUCUACCAUACAACAAGAUUGUCCAAGAUUUGGUGUAUCCCAUCCGCCACCGACGGCGGCCAGUCGCGAUUCAGCUUCGUCCAUUCUCAUACCGCGCCUGCAAAGCCCCGAAAGCUUCACCGACGCGGGAGACCCGUCCGAUGUUUCUCGCUCCAAGCCGACCGCAAAUUCUCUGGCUGUAG